AUGCCAAACGAACAGUCUGAGGCAUCUGUGUUGAGUAGACUGAAUCCCCAUAGAUUUACAACUCAAAUACCGCAGCACCCGCUAUCGCAAAACAUGCAAAGAAGACGGAAUAGUGUAAGUAGUGCUGCAAGUGAUUCUAUCAAUAGUCUAAAACAGAGUUCAGCAAGAGCUGUAAGUAAUAGCAACGGCAUUCAGAAGAAUAACAAGAAAUACAUGCGAUCAACAGUAGCUGGCGCUUCUGGAAUCUUACCAACCUACAAUAAAUCUAUGUCCUUUUCACAAAACAAGAAUCUUGAUGACAAUAAUAUGAGGGCAAGUCUUCCAGUCCUAGAGCGCGACCUAAAUGCGAAUAAUUUUAAGAGUGCGAACAAUAAUCCUAUAGGAUUUUCCAGCUUUUCACAACCUUACUCUGGUUCUCGAGAUCCUAGACCUUUACGAGAUAAAAACUUUCAAAGUGCUAUUCAGCAAGAAAUAUUUGAUUAUCUAAUCCAAAAUACCUUUGAGAUUGAUACCAACUAUCCAAUCUCAUUAAAGACUCUAAAGCAACCAACGCAAAAAUCAUUCGUGACAAUAUUCAAGUGGCUUUAUCUGCGUUUAGAUCCCGGUUAUACUUUCACCAAAUCAAUAGAAUACGAAGUGUAUCAACUUCUGAAAAUUUUGCAAUAUCCAUACCUAGAGUCUAUUAAUAAGUCACAAAUUUCAGCAGUAGGAGGUUCAGGCUGGCCUAAAUUCCUUGGCAUGCUGCAUUGGUUGGUGACUAUAAAUUUGAGACUAGACAAAUGUCUGAAUACACUGGAUCAAAACCUUUUGAAUCAACAAACUCAAGAUCUGACUACUUUAUCAAAACCGGUCGAAAAUAUAGAGGACCAGGAAGUACGACAGGAAAAGUAUGAACUGAUGGCAGAAAGGUUAUUUAUAGAUUAUAUUACUGACUCAUACAAAACUUUUCUGAAUUUGAAAGACGAUUAUUCCGAUCAUAUGAAUGAAUUAAAGGCUGGUUUUGAAAGGUACUUACAUAUAAUAAAGUUGGAUGUCAAUAAUAUACAAUCAAAAAAUGAAAAUAUGUUUGAAAAAUUUGAGAUUAGUAGGAAUAGGGUUGAGAAGUUGAAAGUGGCAAGAGGAAAAUCAACGGCAUUAAAUGGAGAUCUGGUAAAAUUCCAAAAAUAUGUUGAUUCAAUGAAAGCAAAAAGUGAAGAAUGGCCAAUAAAAUUAAGCAAAAUAGAGGAUGAACUGAAUGAGAAAAAAGAAAACAUUAAACUGAUAACAGAAGAGAUUAGUCAGAUACAAGACAGUUUACAAAGAAAAGGCUUAUCAGUUGAACAAAUUGAAAAUAAAAAUGAGCAAAAGUUACAGUUAGAAAAAGAAAUUGAUCAAAUUGCUGAAAAAGCUGAUGAAUUUGUAAGCCUAAUAAAAUCAACUAAGGUUGAUAAUGAAAAAGUCUUCGUUACAUUUCAAGACAGUAUCAGACAAUACAAUGACCUAUUAUUAGAGUUUUUAACUUCAAGAAGAAAGCUAGGUCAUGAUAUAGAAAUUGAACCACUGAAGAUUACACUUCCAAAUGAGGUUGUUGUUCCAAACUCAGAAAAUGCAUUGACUAUGGAUAAACUCUUCCCCACAGAUCAUCCAAUGCCUGAGUACUAUCAAAAUAUGCUAUUGUCUAUUAAUUCUGACAUAAUGAAGAGAAUUGAGACACUUAAAACGGAUAACCAAGAACUAGAACGUGAAAUAGGCAUGUUAACUGAAGAAAUUAAUUCCAGAGGUUCUACCAAUGAAUCCCUAGAAUUGAAACUAUCUGAUUUAAACCUAAAUCUGAAAAAUGUUAGGCAGGAGAACCGUGCCGAAAUUUUGGCACAGAGCUUGGAGAUUGAAAAGCUGGAGCGACAAAUAACUGAGGGAAAUAAAAACAUAGAGCAGAAAAUUGCCAAUGCCGAGCGUAUUGUAACGGAACUUCUCAAUGAAAAAGAGGUUCUCUACAAUGAGCAUUCUAAGUUUAAAAGUGAUUUGAAUUUAAAAAUCCAGAAACUGAUUAAGGAAGCCCAUAGUUUAAGAUUUGCCGUGAAGGAUUCGACAAACAGAUUAAACGAGCUCAUUUUUACAGAAAGUAGUGAGACUGAUGAUUAG